AUGUACCUGAAGCGAACACUGGCUUCUACAGAUGACAUUCCGGAGAAGAAGCGGUUCAGGGCUGAUAUUUUGGACUUGACCAUCAGCUCAGAUAUUUCUGGACAGCGGGCCGCCAGGCUCAUUCACCGUGCGAAAUUAGCCAACACAGAGAAUAUCGACGACUUAGCAAAGGUUCCUGUGGGCAAAAACUCUGCGAGGGAUCUGUUGAGGCGAUGUUUCCGCAAUUCGAAAUGGCCAGAUGUUUAUACAUUGGAGGUUCCGGCUUGGAACCCUGGCAAGAACGUGCCCCAGAAUAUGAAGCUGCACAUGCUGCUACCGCAUGAAUUGAUGCUUGCUGUGCUGAAAGUGAAUAGCAUGGACGGUCUCUUGCGACGGCAGCAGCUGGCAUUGGCCCAUCGGCCCGACUUAAGCAGACACCUUGGCCAGGCCUCUGCCCAGCUCGGCAUUGAUGCUACGAAGACUUUGAUUGCUGGACUUUGGGUGGACUCUGUCCCGUUUAACAGCGACAGAACACACAGCCUGGAGGUCUUCACAUUCAGUUUGAUUGGAGAGGGGCCGAUGAGGUUUCCGAUUUGUUGCUUCCCCAAAGCCUUUUUGAAAAAGCACUCCACCCACGAUGCGAUACUCGCCGUUUUGGCUUGGUCCUUUCGGGCAACCUUAUGUGGAGUGUGCCCGUCUAUGCGACACGAUGCAACUGCUUGGCGAGCGACAGACAAGCAUCGACGACGGCUGCAGGGAAAAUCUGCCCCGAUCAUGAUACUGGGAGAACUCCGUGGCGAUUGGUCCAUGUAUAAAGACCUUCUCGAGUUCCCAUCAUGGGCAGCUGCUGGCCCGAUAUGUUGGCGGUGCGACUGUACAAGGGCCCAGCUGAAGGACUUUACCCUCGCAUCGCUGAGGAGGCGGAGGGAGUUGACCUCCAUGGACUUCUUGAUGCGACAACAUGCAGCGGACAAAUUCAUUUCGCAGAUUUUCAGCAUCCCUCUUUUCGGUUCAGAGAAUUGCAAGUUCGACUUCCUUCACUGCGUGGACCUGGGAAUAACCUGUGACUUUAUUGGAUCGAUGUUCUACUACCUGCAGGAGUUUGUUUUGCCGGGCCGUUCUCGCCAUGACAAGUGUGCUCUCAUUUUCCAGGAGAUCUCUGCUUACUACAAGGCCAACGAUUCCGAGAACCGCCUUCCGAAACUGGUCCCUUCAAUGUUGAGGGCAGAGGAACGUGGGAAAAUGAAAGCUCCCAAACUUCGUGCAAAGGCAGGGGAGGCGAGAACACUUGUCCCCUGUGUCAUGCAGAUCGCAGACAAAUUCUUGGACUCCUCUGUCCCGGCUCAGAACACGAUGAUUCAUGCGAGCCGCCGCUUGAACAGCAUGUACGAGUGUCUGAGCGAGCAACGAUGGCUGCCAGACCUCUUCCAGCAAGCAUCCCGCGAAUUUUUGCUCCUGCUGGAGGGGUUGGAAAGUCAUUUCCUGGACCUCAAGCUUUUUAGGGUUAAACCUAAAGCCCACCAGCUUUUUGAGUUGGGGUUGGACCGUGUGAAUCCGACUAAGCAUUGGACGUACCGUGACGAAUCGUUCGGCCACAGCAUGGCCCUUUUAGCACGCCGCAGAGGUGGCCGCUUUACCAUGUCUGCAGUUUCUUGGCAAGUGCUAAAGCGUUUCACAGCUGGCAACCGACUGCCACGACUCGAUGAGUGA